CCUCACUAAUCUUGUUACCCUGUAACAUGAACUGUAUCAUCUAAAACAUAUUUUGGGUUCUUUACAGCAAACACAGCCUGCCGUGCGAGAGCAUCAGGAGGAGUGUUUAGUUUGAGUUGGUUCUGGUUAUAAUGGGUCCAUUGAAACCCACAGAGAAACAGUGCCAUGCAUUUUUAAUCAGGUGGCUUCUGAGGUCGCCUGCUCCAUUCUGAGGAUGUGAAUUAUGAGCAACAGUGCGAUGAAAACUGAACCAAACUGACUGAAAGACAAUGACAUUACCUCAUGACAGGAAGAGAGUGAUUUUAUUACAUUGAUCUGUCAUUUUCGUUUCCAAUAAGUGAGUGGCAGAACUCUUAUCUCCAAACAUCCGAUGGGGGCUCGUCCGGGAUUGUGCUCCAGUGUGCUGUAUGAAGAGAUAAGAUCAGAAACUAAAUAUCUCGGAUUAUAUUUUGUGUUAGACUGUAACAGACUGCACCUUCACUGAACCGCUUGAUGGUACAAGCAUGAGAACAAGGACAUGGCUGAGUGUUGCGUCUGGGUUUAUGAGCCUCUCCUGCGAGGCUGUGCGCAGUUGUGCAGAGAUCCAGUGUGAUGAAGACCAGCGAUGCUGCACACGAAACAGCAGCAGCAUCACGUCCAUCCAUCAUCUCCCUCUGCACUCUUUCCUGGACAAUCUGGAACGGUUGGUCCGUAAGCUGUCGGGACUGCUGAUCCUGCUCUUGCUCUUCGUGGUGGGUUACUUCAUUCAGCGGCUCGUAUGUCCCCGUCCUCGCCGUCAGACGCCCGAGGAGCCAUCACUUCUGCAUGGACACGCGUCCCAGGACUCUCUCACAGGGGACUUCAGCUCUCCGGUGCUGAUGCUUCCCACAUACGAGGAGGUGAACUAUCUGCCCACAUAUGAGGAGAUCAUGAUGGAGGUAAAUAGAGACAAUCUGAACUCAAACACAGGAGCGAUAGAGGAAAGACGAGCAACAUUGCACACAUCUAGAAGACCCAUAAACUCUAUAUAGUCCACUCAUUGUGUUUGACUUGAUUCUGUAACAGCUGAUGCGUCCACAAUAAUGCAUCCCAUGUGUCUUCAGCAGCUGUGCACUUUUCAAGACAUUUUUCCAUUCAGGUUUGGCUCCUAAAGUAAGUGUUUUGAAAUAUCCAGUCCUAGACAGUGCCAAUUAUGUGCAGAAAUGUGUUAGUAACAAUUUUCAUUUAAUUGCUGGUCUUAUUGUGCUUACUGUGUGCACAUAAUCAGAAAUGAGAAAGAGAUGGUCUGCUCAGAGACAAAUGAACAGGAUAAAUGCACAUUAACUGGUACAACUUAAAAAAUGUUUUUAACGUUACUUUAAGUUUAAAAGCAGAGUUUAUGAGAUCACCACAGAUUUUACAGUUCUUUUGACAUGUUACAUAAAAGUUAUCCUGACAAACAAUUCCAGUUUUAUCCUUUCCACAAGCUCAGCGUGAGGUUCAGACACUCAAUGUCUCCGUUAAGACUCUGGAAAUGUCCUUCUGAAGAAAACAAAUAUAUGAUUUGAUU